AUGGCUCGUGCAUUGGCCUCAGCGUACCGCUACGCGUCUACGUGUACCCUGUUCCUUGCUGCGUUCGCCGCCUCUCCCUCGCUGGACAUCCGCACUACCUCCGGCACCUUCAGAGGACUCAACACAGGCAACGGGACUGAAAAAUGGCUCGGUGUCCCGUUCGCGCAGCCACCGGUGGGAUUGCUGCGGUUCAAGGCCCCCGUGCCCAUCACGAAUGCCCCACGAACUGUCAAAGACGCGUUCACGUUCGGAAAUGCCUGCCCACAGCAGCCCUCUAGCAGUCUGGGUGCGCCGCUUUCCGAGGAUUGUCUGUUCUUGAAUGUCUUCAGGCCCGCCGGGACAACAUCCUCGGAGAAACUUCCAGUACUAGUCUGGUUCCAUGGCGGCGCGUUCUCGCGCGGGGCUGCCUCUGAUCCGGAAUUUAAUCCCACGUUCCUCAUACAGCGCAGCGUGGCCACACGCAAACCGAUUAUAUUCGUCUCCGUCAACUAUCGUCUCAAUGCUUUCGGCUUCCUCGCCAGCAGACAUGUUCCUGCGGAAGACUUGAACGCUGGUUUGUUGGACCAACGCGCGGCGCUCACUUUCCUCCAAAAAAACAUUGCAGCCUUCGGUGGUGAUCCUUCCAAGGCGAGUGACCACGCUGUCACUAUUUGGGGCCAGUCCGCAGGUGCCGGGUCCGCAGAAGCCCACAUUGUGUUCCCGGCUUCGCGCCCGCUCUUCCGCGCCGCUAUUCUCAAUUCGGCCACAGGCCCAUUCAAGAACACUCCCCCGGCCAGCCGUUAUGAUGACCCGGGACUUCCUUAUGCGCGUAUUCUCGCUGCGACAGGCUGCCCUGCGGGCCCGGCCUCAUUCGUGUGUCUGCAGAAAGUGCCCUUCAAAACGUUGUUAGAUAUUUCGAACAACAUGACGGCAGAAGUAGUGAACGGCCAAGUUUGGCAGCCCGCGGUAGGGCCACCAGGUAGUUUCGUUCCCGAGCGAGCAUCGCUGCGUAUCGCGAGCGGCAAUUUCCAGCACGUCCCGAUCAUUGCAGGAACAAAUAACAACGAAGGGACCUUCUUCAGCGGGUCCGUACGGGGUCUGAACGUUCCCGCCGCGCAAGAGAACGCGACAUUCAACACGUUCAUCAAGGACAAUCUCGUCGACCCGUCCACAAUCACGCAGGAUGUGCUUAACACGAUCAACUCGCUGUACCCACCCAACGACCCGUCGCUUGGCGCGCCCUUCAACACUGGAGAUUCGCUGUUUGAUCGCGUGGAGGCGUGGUACACGGACAACAUGUUUCUGGCAGCGCGCCGGCUGUUCUUCAACAAGGCAGCGCCCUUGCAGCCGCUUUUUGCGUAUGAGUUCAGAGAGUUUAUCCCUGGCAACGACCCGGCUCUGGGUGUGACUCACGCCUCUGAGCUCGUGUUAUUCUUUGGUGAAUUCCCGGCUGUCGAGCAAGCACUCGCAGAGCAGAUGACGGACUUCUACGUCAACUUCGUCAACGACCUCAAUCCUGGAGCUCCGUGGCCGCAGUUCACUUUGCAGACAAAGCAAGUCCUCCAGCUGAUGAGAGACAACAUCACAGUCAUCCCCGAUGAAUACAAGUUGCAGAAGACAGACUUCGCUGACUUGACACGCGUAUUGGAUGAAUUCCAGAAGUAA